AUGUCGCUUCUCAGUACCGAGGCUCAUGGCCAUGGCUUCUUGCUGAAAAACUUCCGACCUAAAGGCUUGCGGACGACCCUUAAUUCGGACGUUGAGGCUUCAAACGUCACUAUCGAAAGCCUGGCUCGACCCAGUGGCCACAUAUGGCUUGAUAACGGUGCAAGACCAGCUGGAAGGGUAUCAGAUGCUGGCCAGCUGCAUAGAAGCUUGACAAAAUUCCAGAAGAAUACCGGAAGAGGCAAAGUUUUCUGCCCCAAGAGGAAAGGGCAUCUUCAUCAGAGUUUGAGAGAGAACCGGUGGCUCGACACUGACAGCGGAUCUACCCAACAACCCCGGCUCCAAGAUGAGGUUGACAGCUGCAGCAAGGAGUUAUACUGCCCAAAAGCCAGCCAGUUACAGGUGGUAAGAGUCACACCAAAGCUGCAAUCUGUUGGUGAGGGGAAUUCGAGGGAAUAUGAGGCUGCCUGA